CGUGGCCCAAGCCAUGCCCACCAGCGGUUCCUUAUUUGUCACUUGGUGACUGGUGUGUGCGGGGUCUGGUAGCCGCACUCUAGAAGGUUAUUGCUCGCUGGCCCUCAGGUGUCCCGCUGAUAUCCCGGAAAAUGACGGCUUCUUACGGCACGCGAACGACACCUCCCCGCUGCCACAAGAACCUUUUUCAUUCUUGCCGCUUCGUUGGGAUCUUUUUGAUGACUCUAGUUAUCCUGUUACCGACAUCCUCCGAUGCUUGUGAUGAUCCACCGAGAUACGAAUCUAUGAUGCUCAAGGAUGUUUCUAAAGACUUGUAUCUUCCUGGGGACCAAAUAGAAUUUAAGUGUCGCCUAGGAUUCAAGCCUAUUAUACCUCUUCUUCCCACCACUGCUAUUUGUCAGUCUGAUAACACAUGGACACCUCUCCAGGAGGCUUGUACAAGAAAAUCAUGUCCACAACUAGCAGACCCUUCAAAUGGUCAAGUAAAUGGAACUUUUCUGUUUGGUUCAGAGGUUCACUUUGUUUGUAAUGAGGGUUAUGAAUUAGUUGGAACAAAAAUUCUAUAUUGUGAAAUUUCUGAAAAUAAUGUGGCUUGGAGUGGUGAUCCCCCACAGUGUGAAAAGAUUAUGUGUCAACCACCUGGAGACAUACCAAAUGGAAAACAUACCAGUAGCCACAAGGAUGUAUUUGAAUAUAAUGAAGUAGUAAUUUACAGCUGCAAUCCUUCAGGAGGACCAGACGAAUAUUCACUUGUUGGAGAGAGCAGACUAGUUUGUUCUGGGAGAGACACAUGGAGUAGUGCCCUUCCUGAGUGUAAAGUGGUCAAAUGUCAAUUUCCAGUAGUCAAAAAUGGAAGACUGAUAGCAGGAUUUGCAAGAAAAUUUUACUACAACGCGCAGGUUGUAUUUGAAUGCGUCCAGGGUUUUCACCUUAAAGGCAACAGCACAAUUGUCUGUGGCGCUAACAAUGAAUGGCAGCCUAAGAUGCCAGAAUGUAUUGAAGUUUUGACUCCUUCUAGUACCAAACAUCCAAUUUUGAAUCAUUCAGUGUCAACUCCUCUCAGUACAAAAUCUCCAGUUUCCAGUGUUACAGUGUCAACUCCUCUCAGUACAAAAUCUCCAGUUUCCAGUGUUACAGGUCUCAAGCCUACUAGUCCAGCCACAUCUCCAGUUCCAAGACCCACAGAUUCAGAACAUGCCACUCCCGGUGAUGAACCACCUAAAUAUUUAGGUGGAGGAAUCAUUGCUUUGAUUGUUAUUGUUACAGUUGUUGGCAUUGCACUAAUUUGCUGCAUCGUGUGGAUAGUUUUGCACAAAAAGAAGAAAAGGUUGCAGGAAAACCGUUGGGGUUAAAAUUAAAGUUGCUGAGAGGGGUAAGAUUUACAAGGCACCGCAUUAACUUUAUCUGUCUUUUUAUUUAUAAAAAUGAAAAAAGGUGGGGAACUUAGAAUAGUUAAAAAAUGUACAGAUUCUUCUAAGGAGCACAGGGCUCUUAAACAUC